CUUUAUGUCCACUUGUCAAAGAGUAGGCGAAGAAAUCUGUAUAUAAGAGACACACAAUCAUUUGGUAAACACAAGCUGCUGGGGGAAAACGAAACUUUUACAAGAUAUCAAAGUCACCAGACAGUAAAAUCUCUUGGCCGAAGAUGAAGGCACUUGUAUCAGGACGCCUGAGCGUCAUCUUGUUACUUCUACUUGUUCCAUUGGUGAGUGGGAAUCAAGCUCAAGAGGAAUUCGAUGGGCCUUAUCUUUAUGGAGAAGGCAUUGGUGUAAGUUCUCAAGGUGGACCUCACAGGGAAGACCCUCAAUACACACAGAGUCAAGCAGAGUAUGCUACAACUACUGAAGAUACAGAGAGCCAUACAGACAGUCCUAUCGGAAGUAGCCCUGGUCAUUACCCAGAUUACUCAAGCUAUACUGAUAGUAUUUGGCACCCUAGCCCAGCUCUUCAAUACUGCUCCAGUGUUAAGACUGAGCCUACAGGAAACAUUGUGAGUCCCAACUAUCCGUACGGCUAUGACAACAACCAGCACGUGACUUGGCUCAUCAGAACUGAUCCUGGAACAAAAAUCACUUUGACCUUACUCGAGGUGUCCUUGGAAUGUGGGUUUGACUACCUGAAUAUUUACGAUGAGUGGAACACUGAGAAACCCCUGAUUGGUCGGUUCUGCUCGUUGCCGGAAGUACCUACAAUAACUUCCACAUCCAGUGAAGUCUUUAUCACUUUCACUUCCGACUCUUCCGUCACAGAAAAUGGUUUCUACCUUGAGUACACAACCAUAAAGGACUAUCCAACGAACGAGCCCGUGGAUUAUGAUCCCUUUUAUCUUGUUCAAAGUAUCCGCUAUCACCACAGUUUAACAGAGCCAAUGGGAAACAUCACAAGUCCCAACUACCCUGGAAAUUAUGAUAGCAACCUUGUUGUUACUUGGCUGAUUGUAACUGACCCGCGAACCAAGAUUCAACUCACUUUUCUGGAUGUUUCAACCGAGUGUGGUUACGACAAUGUUCAAAUCAUGGACGGGCCCUCCUCUAGCGACCCUGUCAUCGGCACAUUGUGUACCUUACCUGGUGUCCAUUCUCUGACCUCAACCUCCAACGCUCUGUUCAUCAACUUCACGUCGGACAGCUCUGUUUCAGGUCGAGGAUUUCUACUGACCUACACGGAAAUAGCUGCCUAGAUGAUUGCCUGAAUAACAUGAAUCUAAUCCGGAAUAGCAUGAAUCUGAUCCGGAAUAGCAAGAAUCUGAUCCGGAAAGAACAACUUUAACUUUUCCUGUUUAAAAAAACAACAACUUUAGAAAAUAAAGUAGAAAAGAAGCAUUAUAUAGAA